AUGGUCGAAAACAUCGCGAUGAUCGCUUUCUUCACGUUCAUACUGGUAUUCGGUGUGAGUGGUAAUGCGACGGUUGUAAUUGUCUACUUGACGAAUAAGAAAUUGCGUAAACACUUCAUAGCUACGAUAAGUUUGGCGUUAUUUGGAACGUUUGGCUCGAUGUUCUAUUCCAUAAGCCUAUAUCAGUAUUUAAUUGACGAAAACAUGACUGGAAUAACUUGCAAUCUGAUCGGAUUCGCUCUUUCUACACUCGCAGUGGGUACAAUUCAUCAACUGGCACUUCUCUCGUAUGAACGGUACUUGGCGACCGUUCAUCCAUUCACACUUCGAAGAUGCACAAUACAGCAUAAGCUGUUAGCCGUUGCAUUUACAGUUCUGUGUACACUGUGCACUACUAUUCCACCGUUGAUCGGCUGGAGUCGUAAGAUACGCUCAGCUCUUCAAAUUAUCCUCCCUUCAUCGCCAACUUUUGCUAGAUGGAUUGAUGAUGAUCCACAGUGCCCUUUCCUUGGUAAUAGUUCCGUGAGAUCGAAUAUCUCCUUCAAACGGUCCGUCGGAUCCAAUACUUCGGUCCAACAGUCAAUCGGUCACUUUUCUGCGCAAAGAGAUCGGACAUUUCAAAGAAGGCUAACGCGCAUUGUGCUCGCAGCAAUUUUAACGUUUAUGGUCUCGUGGACUCCUUAUGCUAUCUUGGCGGUUAUCUGGCAAUUCGUGGGCAACGAAAUUCCACCGAGGAAAUACAUCCUAACGAGUGUUUGUUUUGCCAAGGCAUCUGUCGUUUGGAACCCAAUCAUUUACGGACUGAACGAUCGACAAUUUCGCGUUCGUUUCAUGAUGUUCGCUCGUUCGAGUAUUCGUUUGGGAUCGUUGAUGGGAAGAGAUGAGAGGCGAUCAGAGGAACACCAUCACACGUUUAUCGAAAGAGGAACGGAAUUAUAA